GUUAUAUAAAUAAAUCUUUAAAUAAUGAAAAUAUAUUUAUUAUAAAAAAUGAAGGAGACAUUUAUCAUUCAUUAAAUACUUAUCUGAGAAAAAAUAUCAAGAUACAAGAUAUAUACAUUUUUUUAAAUAGUUAAGAUUUAUGAAAAAUUUUGUUAAAAUAAAUCAUCUUUGUAAUCAUUACAAUACAAAAAAUUCCUUUGAAACAAAAAAUACAAUAGUAGAGUAUAAGCAGGAAUGUAAUAUAGAAUUCUGAAAAAAUUUGUAAAGUUUUUAUAUUUUUAUGAAUCAUGUGAUUGGUGUGUAUCAGAAAAGAAUUAAUGCAAAUUAAUGAUUCAACAUGGCAGAUGUACCGAGCGAAGUUCCUGAACACUGUCCCGGGACUCAAAGUGAAAGUGCUGGCAAAGCAUCAGCCUGUGCGGGAUGUCCAAAUCAAUCGCUGUGCUCAUCAGGAGCUACCAGACAGGUGGAUCCUGGUAUUGAGCUCGUGAAGGAAAGAUUAUCCUCAGUGCGAAAUAAGCUGCUAGUACUUUCAGGCAAGGGAGGGGUAGGCAAGAGUACAAUGACAUCGUUACUAUCCAGGUGUCUUGCAGCAAACAAUCCUGAUAAAAAUGUGGGAGUAUUGGACAUUGACAUUUGUGGACCAUCGCAGCCAAGGGUAUUGGGAGCACUUGGUGAACAAGUUCAUCAAAGUGGAUCAGGAUGGUCUCCUGUAUAUAUCGAGGAUAACUUGUCACUGAUGUCAAUUGGAUUUUUGCUCAGCAGUUCGAGUGAUGCAGUUAUAUGGAGAGGACCAAAGAAAAAUGGUAUGAUCAAGCAGUUCCUGUCAGAAGUCGAUUGGGGUACCUUGGAUUAUCUCAUUCUGGAUACACCACCUGGGACUUCGGAUGAACAUCUGUCAGCUACAUCGUAUCUCAAGGGUGCCGGUGUUACAGGUGCCAUAAUCGUCACGACACCACCAGAAAUUGCGCUCUUAGAUGUUAGGAAGGAAAUAGACUUCUGUAGAAAGGUGAACAUUCCGAUUUUGGGUGUAGUUGAGAACAUGAGCAUCUUUGUAUGUCCCAAAUGUAAGAAUACAACAGAAAUAUUCCCAGCUUCAACAGGUGGCGCACAGGCGAUGUCGAACGAACUAAAUGUAGAAUUCCUAGGUUCGAUACCAUUAGAUCCAUUACUGGCUAGAUGUUGCGACGAGGGUAAAAAUUUUCUGACGGAAAUGCCAGACUCGCCAACCGUUAACGCUUUAAAUGAAAUUUGCAAGCGUAUUGUUCAAAAAUGCGAAGAAGAAAAAGAAAAUUGUUCCAAUAAUUCCCAGUAAUUAUACAAAAUGUUUUGUAUAAAUCUAUUGUAAAAUUUAUAUGUAAAUUAUAUAUUGUGUGUUUUGCUGAUUAAAUCUGUAAUACAGGUUUAUUUUAUUUUAAUGCAGUUUUCUACUUUAAAACAUUACACUGUGCUACUUUGCUACCGAUUAAUGUGAUAGGUUCGAUAAUAAAUAAUACAAAAA